CAAAAAUAUCCAGAAUGCAGUUGACGAUCCGAGGACAGAAUACGCACCUUCUGGAAUGCACCGGCAGCGAAAGCAUUGCCGAGCUUAAGUCCAAGAUCGCUGUGCUGGAGAACUUGCCAGUCAGUGAGCUGAGACUUUUCUCGGUUGGUGCCCCAUUGGCAGAUGAGAUCAACAUCUCUUCUCUCACAUCAGCCACCGUUGAUGUCACAGUGCCCUUGCUCGGAGGUAAGGUGCACGGUUCUCUGGCUCGUGCCGGUAAGGUGAAGCACCAGACACCCAAGGUCGACAAGCAAGAGAAGAAGAAGAAGAAGACCGGCCGUGCUAAGCGUCGCGUCCAGUACAACAGGCGAUUCGUCAAUGUCGUCCCCACUUUCGGCCGCAAGAAGGGACCUAACGCCAACGCCGCUUAAAAACAGAAACUGUACCACCACGCUCCCACAUGUCAUGAAGCCUUGAUGUAACAUUUUGAAAGGAAAAGAAUGAUUACAUUGGCCGAUCGAUCGUUUGGAAGUGGAAAAAAGUG